AUGACAUCUGCAUUCGCUCCUCCACAGUCCGUCAUGUUGGCCUGCUUGGUCCUCCUUGUGUGUCUGCUGCCCAUUGCCGACGCCAGCUUGAUUCUCCCUGACUCGGAGGUAGAGUGUUCGUCUUCUACUUUCAAAUGUACUACGACCGACACCUGCGUCCCCUCGGCAUACACUUGUGAUGGCUUACGGGACUGUCCCGACGGCUCGGAUGAAAACUGCACGGCGUGUCCCUUGCCCGGUUUUAUAAAGUGCGUAAGCCACGACGUCGACUCUUGUAUCCCUCCCGGAUACCAGUGUGAUGGCUUCUCUCAUUGCUCGGACGGCACCGAUGAAAACGAUUGCUCGGUUUGCCCUUUUCCCGACGACAUCAAGUGCGGGACUACGAGUGUUUGUAUCCGCACCUCGUAUGGUUGUGAUAAUUAUAUUGAUUGCCCCGAUGGUUCGGAUGAAGUAGAUUGUCAGGAUCCGGGGUGUGGAACCAAUUUUGAGUGUGGAACCGGUGACUGUAUCGACUCUAGGCUGCAAUGUGACGGGUUUGUUGACUGCCCCGACGGUUCGGAAGAGCAAGAUUGCACAUUCCCAACAUGUCCGCUUGGCAUGAUCGAAUGUGAGGACGGUUUACCUUUCCCCUGCAUACAUGACGCCCUCAUGUCAACAUGUGGCAUAACUGACUGCCACGAAGCAUCUGACGAGACUGCUAUGAACUGCAUCUCAGCGCACAGCCAUGUAAGAGGCUGGGACUUCAGGGAAUGUCUCCCCCAAGAGUUCGAAUGCGAAGCAUCAUCCAUCUGCGUUCCUUUGUCUCGGGUAUGCGAUAGCAUCAAUGACUGUGGUGACAACUCGGACGAGGGCUGCGGUGGUCGCAAACAUUACAACAUGCUGGAGUGCGUUUUCGGAGGGUUCGUGUGCCACAGUGGCAUGUGCGUCCCGACAGACAGGCGCUGCGACGGUGUGGAGGACUGUGAUGACGCGACGGACGAGAGUGGAUGCGAGUGUACCAGUGCCGAGUUCCAAUGUACUAGCAGCCUUCUGUGUGUAAAACCACCCCAAGUGUGCGAUGGGCUCGCCCACUGUGACGACGCAGCAGACGAGCUACUGUGCAAGUCCUGUGCAUAUAAGGGUUGGGAGUGUGGCAGUGGGGAGUGCAUUGACCCAAGUGCGGUGUGCGACGGAGACAAGGAUUGCUCCUCCGGGGCGGAUGAAGACAACUGUUACAAUGCAACGACCGCAUUCCAGCCAUUUGAGUGUGGCGGGAGGAGCGUGCCCUACAGCCGCUUCUGCGACGGCCGGUCGGACUGCCGUAACGGGCAGGACGAGAUGAACUGCCGAACUAGAGGUUGGCUCGAAAGAUCCACUGAAUGGGCCAUUGAUGCAACAGGUUCGGUGCGGCCUGAAGUCGGUGUCUAUAAUGUUCUGGAUGGUGAACACUACACCUCUUGGUACCCGGUUUUUCCAGGCCCAUGGUACAUCAUAUUCGAUCUUGUCGUGCCCUACACGCUUUCCAAAAUCAGCAUCACCAACGACGGAGGGGAUUUCGAUACCCAUGACGUUACAGCAUUCAAUUUCCAAAUGUCGGCCAGCUCCAACCCUUUCGCCUGGGAGGAUGUGGCGGUUGUGACAGAUGUGGAGACAACCGACACACCGCAGGAGUUCGGGGGGUUCUCCGUCACCAGUCGAUUCUGGAAAUUGCUCGUCACUGAAACUGGCAACGGUGACAGUAACGAUUGGCAACCCUGGUUAAGAGAAGUGGGAUUUUUCGGACAACGGAUAGUGUGCGAUGAAGACCAGUUCUACUGCUUAGAUGGGACCUGCUUGUCGCUGGCCUUACAUUGUGACAGCAAAACUGACUGCAGUGGUGGCGAGGACGAAGAAAGAUGUGCAGGCAUCUGCAAUAGUUUGCAGUUGGAGUGUGACAGCAGAUGCCUGCCAAAAUACCGCGCCUGUGAUGGGUUUCAGGACUGUUCGGACGGAAGGGACGAGGAAAAUUGCGUAACUAGUGGGUGCGCCAGUAAGCAGUUCCUGUGCUCGGACGGCACCUGCCUGAUGGAGUCUCAGUUGUGUGACAGGCAGACGGAUUGCAGUGAAGGGGAGGACGAAGAUGACUGUGGGGAUGUCCCACCUCCAGGCUACCGCCUUGGUCUGGCGAGUCGGUACAUCCCUGACGCCUUCAUCACUGCCAGUUCCGAGUACAAGUCGGACUUUGCACCAUUCCAGGCUCGCCACUCCCCGCCGUCUACAACAGGAUAUUGCUGGGUACCGAGUCCUGCAGAGGACCAAUGGCUUCAGGUUUACUUUGGCAAGACGACUGACGUCACCGGCGUGGUCAUCAGUGGAGGUGGUUCGAACUGGGACCUGGGCAGCUGGGUGACGUCAUUUACCCUGGCCUUCAGUAUGGACGGCGCUUCCUGGACGCCGUAUGAAGGAAUCAGCGGCAGCGUACAGGUAAAACUACUUCCCCUUAUUGAACAAGAAUGUUAG